CAAGUUUGCAGACAUUAUCCAAAAAUGAGAAGCUGCUAAAUAAGAGCAGUGAACAACUCCUUAGACACAUUCAUUCAAAUGGAGGCCAUCUAUUCUUCACCCAUUGGUCAUCCAAUUCAUUCGUUUCUCGGCAAUUAUCCAACCCAAUCAAGGCAGGCUUGCACACUCUUCCUUGUGAAACAAAGACAUCAGCAUGUUUAUUCAAAGUAUAGUCUACACACUCCGGCGAUCAAUGACGGUCUUAUCAUUGCCGCCACUUCCAAGGCCCCGGGCGGAGAUAUAUCUGUCUUGCUGCCGAUCAGUGCUCUGCUUCUCUUCAUGUAUUUCAUUUCCAACUUCGUCGUACCUUCGUUUAUUAUGAAAGACCUUGGAACAGCAGUUGAAGAGGAAAACCCAGAAGAAAUAAAUAGCAGUGAAACACCAAGAAGAAGCAGGCAUGGCUGGCAAACCAAAACUGAAGAUUAAGAAAUCAAGUAUCAAGAUUUCAAAAAACAGCUUCAAAAAGACUCCCACUCCAAGAUAGAUUUCUGCCUGCAAUCUCGAUGUAAUGCCAUGAAUGAGAAAAGAUCAUCACUUUUUUCAUUCUCUUUGAUGAAUGGAUCAAUAAAUUGAAUGUCUAUUCAC